GGGUGCUUCACACUGCUGCGAGCGAGCAGGCGAGGAGAGGAUCGGCAUCUAAAAAAACCGACUUGGAAAAACUACUUAACGAGCUCCUAGUCUUGACCUUGAGGGGGCACCAGCAUGAGUCAGGAGUCACUGGAGUCUGAUGGAGACUCUGCUCAGGAUGUGUCUGACUUCAACUGGGAUGACUACCUGGAGGAGACUGGAGCCGUGUCUGUGCCCCAUCACGCCUUCAAACAUGUGGACCAGGGCCUGCAGACGGGACUGACUCCAGGCAUGAAGCUGGAGGUGUGUGUGCGCGCGGAGGCUGACAGUCCUUACUGGGUGGCCAGCAUUAUCACUACAUGUGGUCAGCUGCUGCUGCUUCGCUAUGAGGGAUACCAGGAUAACCGGAGCGCUGACUUCUGGUGUGACAUCAUGACAGCAGACCUCCACCCUCUUGGAUGGAGCCGCCAGCAUGGCAAGACCAUGAGAGCCCCUGAGGGUGUGCGUGAGAAGCACCAGGACUGGGAGGCUCUGCUGGAAAAGGCCCUGGCUGAGGAGUGCAGCGUUCCUGCCAGCCUGCUGGAGUUGCCCCAGCGAGGUAGAGACCCAGUGGAGCUCCUGUGUGCAGGCUGCUAUGUGGAGCUCCAGGACAGUGUUGACCCGGGGCUGGCCUGGGCUGCCGAGGUGGAGGAGAACGUCGGGGGAAGGCUGAAACUUCGCCUGGUAGGCACCGAAGGCCUCCCAGACACGCCUGCAACCCUCUGGCUCUUUUACCUCCACCCACGCCUCCACCCACCCGGCUGGGCUAAAGAGCAUGGCUGCACCCUCAGGCCUCCCUCAGAUCUAUUGGCCUUGAGGACAGAGGAGGAGUGGCGGGAGGUGAGACAGAGGAUCGACGACCUGCCUCAGGAUGAAGCUCUGACUGUAGAGCUCAGUAAGGAUCAGCCCACCAUCGCUGCUCAUUCUUUCACGGAACGGAUGAAACUGGAGGCUGUUGACCCUGCUGCUCCUAUUUCCAUCAGGCCCGCCACUGUCACCAAGGUGUUUAAUGAACAGUACUUCCUGGUGACCAUGGAUGACCUUUGUGGUAUGGAAGAGUCAGAAGGUGCUGGGCGCUCCUUCCUGUGCCACAGAGACAGUCCAGGCAUCUUUCCCGCUCAGUGGAGUCUUAAAAACGGGCUCCCUCUCAGCCCCCCACCAGGAUACCAGGGUCCCGACUUUGACUGGGCAGAUUACCUGAAACAGUGUGAGGCCGAGGCAGCUCCUCAGCAUUGCUUCCCAACUGAGCAGUGUGACCACAGCUUCAAAGAGGCCAUGAAACUAGAGGCUGUCAACCCGCUGUCCCCAGAGCACAUUCACGUGGCCACAGUCACCAAGGUCAAAGGGCAAUACGUUUGGCUCAGCCUGGAAGGACUGAAACAGCCCAUGCCAGAGCUGAUCGUUCAUGUCGACUCCCUCGACAUCUUCCCUGUCAGCUGGUGUGAGACAAACGGCUAUCCGCUCGUCUACCCCAUCAAGCCCUCAGUUGAGAAAGAGAGGAAGAUUGCUGUUGUUCAGCCUGAGAAACACAGAGCUCCACCAAAGUCAUCGUCGCCUGACAGCGUCAAGCAGCAGAUGUCAAACCAGUCAGAGACAGUCCAGGGGAACGGGAAAUACUGCAGCCCCAAGAUCUACUUCAACCAUCGUUGCUUCUCCGGGCCUUACCUUAACAAGGGACGCAUUGCUGAGCUUCCUCAGUUCAUCGGUCCUGGAAACUGUGUUCUUGUGCUCAAAGAGGUAUUGACUCUGCUGAUAAACUCGGCAUACAAACCCAGCCGCGUGCUGAGAGAGCUGCAGCUGGACCAGGAGAGCCGCUGGCAAGGCCAUGGAGAGACACUCAAAGCCAAGUACAAAGGAAAGAGUUACCGAGCCACGGUGGAAAUAGUCCGCACUGCAGACCGUGUGGCAGACUUCUGUAGGAAAACCUGCAUCAAGCUAGAAUGCUGCCCAAACCUGUUUGGACCUCGAAUGGUUCUGGAGCGCUGCUCAGAGAACUGCUCUGUCCUCACCAAGACCAAAUACACAUAUUACUAUGGAAAAAAGAAGAGUAAACGUGUUGGCCGUCCUCCCGGAGGCCACUCCAACCUGGAGGGUGGAGUGAAGAGAAGAGGGAGGAGGAGGAAGAGAAGGAAGCAGCUUUUUGUCCACAAGAAGAGACGCUCCUCAGCCUCAGUUGACAACACACCUGCUGGGUCUCCACAGGGCAGUGGAGAGGAGGAAGAUCUGGAUGAAGAUGACUCCCUGAGUGAAGACACUGGCUCUGAACUGCAGGAUGAUCUCCAAGAUGAUUCCGAACCAUCGAACGGGAAGUCUCAGCCCACCACGCCAACUCCUUCCCCACCAGCAACACCAAGGCCCACACGCCGGCGCCGGAAACCCCGCUCACCCUCUUUCUCUGAUGAUGAGAACCGCCCACCUUCACCAAAGACCUCAAAGAUCGAGCCUCCUCAGAAGUUGUGUCUGGACACCAGCCCCCUGGAGUGGAGUGUUACGGAUGUGGUUCGCUUCAUCAGAACCACUGACUGUGCACCUCUUGCACGGAUUUUCUUGGAUCAAGAGAUUGAUGGACAGGCACUUCUCCUGCUGAACCUCCCAACUGUGCAGGAGUGCAUGGACCUGAAGCUGGGACCAGCCAUCAAGCUGUGCCAUCACAUUGAGAGGGUCAAGCUGGCAUUUUAUCAACAAUUUGCUACGUAGCUGACGGUGAAUGAACAUGGGACAUAUAUGUAUCAAUGCUGAGUAAAAAGCACUGUAUUUUCCCAUUUUGACUUUUCUAACACUGGACAUCCUUUAGUGAAUUCUGAAUCCUGCAGAAUACCACGUUGUGUCAGAAAAGCGUGGCCAUGAGACGGACAGAGCAACAUUUCCUGAUCGUUGGUUUUUUGUUUUUUUUUAAAGAACUGAAGAGAAGGGCGGUACAGGGUCACAAUAGGGUCAGAAACACUUAAGGUGCUCUUAAUGAAAGACACAGGUGAGGACUGAAAGAGAAGAAUAAUGGGCACUCUGAAGCUUUUAAAUAAGUUUAAAAGCCUGUAUUAAAUCCAGUGUAUUUUCAAUGUGUUUUAUGUCAGAUUCAUCAGGGUGCAUGAUGAUUUCUGAAUUGAAAGGUGUUCAAAUGAAGACUUUUAGGCUUUUUAAUUUAUUUUUUUAUGUUUUGAGCGCCCUGAUUCUCGUCUUCUAUUGAGAUUAAUUGUUGCCACCACACCGGUGGUGCGUUGUGUCCAUUAAUAAUUUCCAGCCUGACUUGCUGUCUUAAAAAGGGAUUACCACUGAAUCAAAGCUUUUACAUGUUAUCCUAGAAUAUACAGUGUUAUCUGCUAGCGAAUAUUUGUCUACUUGAAGUAAUGAAGUAGAAAGCGAAGUAGACUUGCCUCGUAAACUGGUGAUUUCACACUAAAGUCUAAUUUCAGUGAAAAAGAAGAUCAACAUUUUGCCGGAAAAAUACAUAAUCUAUUGGGCACUUUAAAACAAGCAUUGGUACUUACUCAUGAAAUCAUGUCACUGUCAAAACUCCAGUCUUUGGAGUGACAACAGAUUGUCUUUUUUCUUGUGGUUUCUAGUGUUUAGAUAUUUAUACUUUCAAAAGAUAAUUUGACUGAAUUAUAAAGUCAAGAUAAUUUACUCAUGAGUUAAACUACACGUUAUAUAACCCUUUGCAAGUUUCCUGGAUGCCAGAAAUAAUGCUAAACUAGAAAAUACUGAUAUAGCAGAUUUGAAAGGAUAGUUGUGAGUUAGUACAGGUAUAAGGAAUUAGAUUUUAGUGUGAACACCAGGCAUGUAUGUUAACACCAUUGCAAAUAUUAGCCAACUGGAUUAUAUCAACAUACAAUCUUAAUAUUAAAUGGGGCCUUUAUUUCAACAAGAGAUUAAAUUACUUUCCAGUUCAAGCCUCUAUUUAAGAGCAGUUUACAGUGCAAGGAUUCUGUAAUGCAAGCACAAGCAAAACCAUGCACUGUGUAGUGGUAUGCAAAUAUGACAGUGCAUGUUUGUAUAUAGUGUACAUAAUAAAAUAUCUUCUAGUGCAACAGGGUGAUUAGACAGGGGGAAAAAUGUAUUGAGGAAAUAAUUUUCUGCAUAAGCAAUGUGUAAAUGUCCUGAACAUACAGUAUAUUUGCACAGAAUAGGCCUAAACCUUCCUCAAUGUGCUUAAAACAUACUCAGCUGCAUCACUGGGAGAAUUCAGAUAAUUUGAGCCAUUUCAUAUCAAUAAGUCACAAAUUGCUUUUACAAUUAACUUAAUGUAAGCUACAAUAAACGAGCAGUUUUAAAGUGGAGGAGGUCUUUCUCAAUAUGCUUUUGUAUAACAGUUUUCCCCUCUUUUUUUAUAUCAGUUCCUGUAGUGUGAUUUGCUGUAAUGUGCUUGAUUUUGUGUAAGAAGAAACUGGUGGUUCUUUGUUUACUCAUGUGUCUAGCUGUUCAGCUGUUCUCAGAGCAAUGGGGACAGGGUUUGGUUUCAUGUUUGAAGAUAAUAACUGCUAUUUAAACAGAGGACACUGCAAUAAAAAACUGUA